UCUCUCUGUCCAUGUAAUCCAGUUGCCUCUGAAGAUGUCUUGAAUAAAGACGAAAGCUAAGGUGCUCCGUUGUUUCCCUUUUCCCGUGUGAAUAGGUUUGUAAUUGUGGAAACUUAGCUUGUAAGAUGAAUGGAUUUGUAAAUUAAUAGAAUAUAAGUGUCCACAUACUAUUAAUAAUAUGGAUAGUAAUUUAUGGUAUUGUUAAUUAUCCUUUCGGUAAUCCAGCGAAUUUUCGGAUUCUAACCAAAAACCUCUACCGGACGAUGGUAGAUUGAAAUUAUGCUUUUCCGAUGUUUUUUGGUGUCUUUUGAACGUUUCUGACCUACUUCCAAAUAGGUGGAUGACCGAAUCGAUAAUUUUACCGUAAUUUAAUUUUAAGGCUAAUUAUUCCCAAACUAUACCCUGUCGUCACUCGCAAAUCAUCCCUAUCAAUGCUUGCUUGGAAAUUUACAUGAAAAUAACGAAAAAGAAAUACUGUACUGUAUAUCGCGUGUUCUGGAAGCUGGAAAAAUACUCUUGCAGUUCGCGACAAUAUGUGUAGGCUAUAUUUUAUGCACACCUGCAAUACUAUAUAGUAUUUAUGAUCUCUGUAAUCAAAAUUAAUGUGCAUGGAAAAUAAAGAAUAAUCCAACUCGAAACCUUUAGAAGUCAAAAGUGCUUCUUUAUUAACUGGCGUCGCUUGUGUUCUUCUUUGUAUUCAUAAAAUUGCGAGGGCGUGACGUUAGGGUGAGGGAGUGUUAUCAUAACAGUUGACACGCAUGCAUGACCGUGUCGUUCGUACCAACCACUAACAAAUGACGUAAGAUAUUAGGUGUUCCUUAAAGAGAUGUCUUUAGUCUAGAAGAAUACAAGUGUAAAUGACAAUGGUGUAGUUGCAUUACAAAUAAUAGCACAAGGUCAUUAAUGGGGUACGUGCAUCGCGGGGUAGGAUAAAAUAUUUAGUUUAUAAACUGCCUGAAAUAUCAGACUGUGUUGUUUAUUAUUAUUUCGUCUUCCUCAGGAAAUCAACCCAUCGUCGUGUGAGUAUUAAUGUAAUAUUUCAAGCUGUUAACAAAGCGUCAAGCAAAAUUGGGUCAUGAGUCACGGGGAGGGACUUGCCACCAUUAUCGCCGAGUCUCACAGUGUACUGGUUACUGUCGCCGCCUGAGGACGUCAUGAAGGCCGAUGUUUUGUGGACGUGGGUGACGUCCUGUGGCAGUACAGCCUGUACUACACCCCUACCACCAGCAGGAGAACACCUGUACUGCACAGUUAUCCUCCACCUCCUGCUGGUAACGAUGGUGCAGACACUUACUACAGAUGCCGUCAUCAACACCUCUGGAGAGACAAGUUCCGCUGAGGUUAAUGCUUCACCAGUUGGUUCUACGGCGCCUUCAACUUAUGUCUUUACAACACCAGCUGCCGUCGUUACUACAGCAGCUGCCACCGUUACUACACCUGUCGCGGCCACUCCACCAGUCGCCACCGUUACUACACCAGCUGCCACUGUUACUACCCCAACUGCCACCGUUACCACACCAGCUGCCGCCGUUACCACACCAGCUGCCGCCGUUACUACACCAGCUGCCACCAUUACUACACCAGCUGCCACCGUUACUACACCAGCUGCCACCGUUACUACACCAGCUGCCACCGUUACUACACCAGCUGCCACCAUUACUACACCAGCUACCGCCGUUACUGCACCAGCUGCCGGCCAUUAAUAACAGCUGCCGCCGUUACUACACCAGCUGCCGCAGUUACUAACUAGCUGCUGCAGUUACUACACCAGUUGCCACCGUUACAACACCAGCUGCCACCGUUACUACACCAGCUGCUACCGUUACUACACCAGCUGCUACCGUUACUACACCAGCUGCCACCGUUACACCAGUUGCCACCGUUACAACACCAGCCACCGUUACUACACCAGUUGCCACCGUUACAACACCAGCUGCCACCGUUACUACACCAGCUACCGCCGUUACUACACCAGUCGCCGCCACUCCACCAGCUGCCACCCCUUUUAUACCAGCUGCCACCGCCACUGUACCACCUGCCACCACUUCGUCAACUGUCGCCACUACAACAUCUGCCAUCACUACAACAUCUGCCAUCACUACACCAACUGCUACCACUACAACAUCUGCCAUCACUACAACAUCUACCAUCACUACAACAUCUGCCAUCACGACACCAACUGCUACCACUACAACAUCUGCCAUCACUACAACACCUGCCACCACUGCACCCGCCCUUCUCUCAGUGUCGCCGGGAACAGAAGCGGCGGCUGUGGUGACUUUCAAAGGUAAUCCCGAGUCGUCGUCGUCCAGCUGGGGUUACCUACGUCAGGAGGUGAACUUUACGAUGCCCCUCAGCAAGGUGACGGUCUGCCUCCGCUUCCAGGUGACGUCUGUCCCCUAUAGUGGUGUUGUACCGCUCUUCAGCUACGCUCAUCCAGAGUGUUACUCCGAGUUUGUCUUGGCCAUCCAGUGGAACACGUCGGAGCUGGUGGUAGAGUGCUGCGACUUCGGGGUGUCGGCGAGGGUGGUGCUAGAGCCGCCGCUAUCCUUACUGGAGUGGGAGUCCCUGUGCAUGGUCCUUGACUUGGACGAUCUUACGUACACCCUCGGGCACCGCCAUCACCUGACCUCCGGAGAAAUAUCAGUGGUGGGUGGGUCAACACGCUUGAGAGGCGGGGGCGUGGCAGUGGUUGGUCGGCAGCAGCACCAGCACGACGGAGGCCUCUCUUACGCUUUUCACGGCUCUCUCACGCACUUGGCGCUCUUGGGUAGCAAACUUACACCUCAAGCCAUAUAUAACUUCCUCAUUGACUGCUCACAGGUGGUGGCGUCACCCCUCGUGUCCAUGAACACCAUGCGGGGCCUCGACGACUGGGAGAAACACGACAUCAUCGUGGGCAUCACCGGAUUAUACACAGGACAUUUCUGCCAGAAACAAGAGUCAUUCAUCAUGCUACCCUCAACUCACCCACGGGAGGAGCUGGAUGAGGUGUGUAAGAACUUAGGUGGGUCUCUGGUGCGUCCCAGGUCAGCUGAAGAGAGUGAGAACCUUCGACAGAGAUUCAGCAAAUACGUCGACCAAUGUACCAACAGUUACGGCUCCUGGUUGUGGGUUGACGCCUACAGGAGGUAUAACAAUAAGGAUGACUGGAGUAUUAUGUGGAAUAUGGUCCCCAGGAAGGACAGAGACCAGUGCCUAUCAGUUAGCGUCUCGGGGAACAGCUGGGUGGACACGCCUUGUGAUGAGAGACUGUGUGCUGUGUGUCACGCUGUGUCCCGCCCUGUGUUUACUCUCCGCAUGAGCUGUACACUUCCUAACGACCGUCUCUACACCUUUACCUACGACCUAGACGGACACCCCAUCCUGAUCAGCGUCCACGGCAUCUCUAUUGUGUGGGACAGUAACCGAUGGGUCAUCAUCAAAGGCUCAACAAUACUGGCGAUACAAAAUGAAGUCAGUAACCUAGACAUUCUUCCUCUUGGAGUGACAAAAUGGCAUUUCUUAACUGAGGAGCCUGACUGUCCACGAGAGACACAGCUACUUCUGUCGGUGUGUGGCCUGGACUACUUCGCCUGUGGUGACGGGCUAACCUGUGUGCCUUGGGUAGCCCGCUGUGACCUGUCGGUGAACUGUGUCGAUGGUAGUGACGAGGAGAGCUGUCAGAUCAAGCCAGUAUCCACUACAAGCCUGGCUCAUAUCCCCCCACCUCCCCCACACAGCGAAAAGACGUUACCCAUUACAAUGACUCUUCUCGCCAUCACUCUGAAAAAGAUUGACUUCCCAGGCUCGAGAAUGGUGACAGAGAUCUUCGUGGAGCUGGGCUGGCAGGACCCGAGGGUUACGUUCUACAACCUGAGAUCUGGUGACAACUCCCUGGAUAACACACCUGGGCUGUGGAGGCUGGCAGUAGGAGGUGCACUAGCCUCCACCAACUUCACCGUCGUCCGCUCCUUCACCACAGUGACUCGGUCCCAAGACCCUCCUCGGGGCAGCCUUCUGACCCAAAACGUCCAGUACAGUGGGCGAGACAAUAGGCUGCAGGUGAGGGCGCUCUACAUGGCAGACUUCUCCUGCAAGUUCCACAUGCAAUACUUCCCCUUCCACAUCCAGCACUGUGACCUCCUGCUCAGUUUCCAGGACCUGAGCCCGACGGAAGUGAAGCUCAUCCACACCGAGGGUUCAGGCCACACCCAUCAACCUCACUCUCUGGGCUUCACCAACACCGGCUACCAGGGAGUUAACGUCGUCACUCUACAAAUAUUUCUCUUCCCAAGGGCGGCGCUGGUGACGGGGCAACAAAUCCUCGGUCAGCUAGCAGGUCAGGGUGGCGGCUCUAGCAAUUUUGGAGGAAGACCCUUUGGGGGAAGACCCUUUGGAGGACGACCUAAUCAAGGUUUUAGCAACAACUUUGGAGGACGACCCAAUCAAGGCUUUGGAAACAACUUUGGAGGUGGCUUUGGAGGACGACCUAAUCAAGGUUUUGGCAACAACUUUGGAGGAGGUUUUGGAGGACGACCUAAUCAAGGUUUUGGCAACAACUUUGGAGGAGGCUUUGGAGGACGACCUAAUCAAGGAAUUGGCAACAACUUUGGAGGAGGCUUUGGAGGACGACCUAAUCAAGGAAUUGGCAACAACUUUGGAGGAGGCUUUGGAGGACGACCUAAUCAAGGUUUUGGCAACAACUUUGGAGGAGGAGAUGGCAUCUUCGGUAACAGUGAGUAUACUGCACUGCCAUUUUGUGUUCUGCGCCGGUGA